UCGUCGCAGGUGUGCACAUCGUUGUGCCGUCGGAAAAUUUUCAUCGCAUUCAUUGCAUUUUGCUUGGUUUUUCCGCCGCUUGGCAACCUCGAGAUGCAAAAUUUAAGCAUAUAAGUGAUAACUACUAUUAUAAGCCAAUAUUGUUGUAAGUGUUAUGAACAAUAAUACGUCUUCCAGCAACCAAAGCAAAAUUAGGUUUUACGCUUGGUAAAAGAGUGUUGUGUUACAAGUGAGACUGUGAUGGCAAGGUUUAUGUUCCAUUUGUUCAUUAGCUGUGAAUAAUUUUCAUUCGCCGUGGUUUUGAGUGCAAUACGUGAAAAGGCUUGAUUGAAUCAUUAUUUGCUAAAAUACAAGCAAUAAAAGAAGAACAAAAUUACCAUUUCGAAGUGCACCUCUGCAUAUUUAGUGAGCGUUAUCCAAAAUGGCAAUACCCAGCAGGCAACGAAGCACACUCAUCAGCAUACCAAAGCAGGCAUUCACCUCCAGCAGCCUGUUACUCAUCUGGCUCGUCCUCGGACUGCAUCAGGAUCGUGAAGUAACUGCAGCUCAUCUCAAGUACAAUAACUACGAGGCCCGGUACAUCAAUGACUUCAUCAAUUAUACACGCCCGGCAGCUGACAUAAUGGAGCCCAUUUUCUACGACUACGACGCCGAACCAUCACGGAAAGCGUACAACCGAGAGUACGAGGACGGUCUUGCCGGGUUGGGAUACCGCAUUCCAUCGCUCCGUCUAGCCAUGGAACUACCGGAGAGCAGUAGCAGCUCCAGUGUUUCAUCGCAGGAAACGGAAGUCACUCGACCACCGGACAUCUAUCCCGAUCCAGAUCACAUCUAUGCAACGUUCCUGAACAAAAGUACCAUGAAGCGGAAUCGAUUUCCAGGAGAGGAGAAUGUGAUCAAAGUUUAUUCCGGAAAAUCUCUCCGUAAGAGUCCCCAAGCACGCAUCGACGAUGACGGUUCGUUCGACAGCCUGAAUAACGAUAUGAAGGGACACGACUUCAUCGACAACAUAAUGUACAUCUAUUACGGCACGAACGGGACGCUCCGGAAGGAUCUGGGCGGAAACGUAAUUGUGAUAGGGGCCGUAUUCGCAUUGGCGCCCCAAAUAUUAACGGCAAUAAUUUUGUUCCUGCGGAAUCGCCGCCCACGACACUUCAACACAUUCUAUCCGAUCUGUCUGAACUUGUUACUGACCUUGGCGGCGUCCAAUUUUUCCUUCGUGCUUGGAGUGCAGGCCACUCGCAAUGCGAUCAAGUGCGAACUGAUCGCCAUCGUUCUGCAUUAUCUACACUUGAGCACGAGCAUUUGGUGCUUCAUCUACAUCUACGUAAUCUACGAUUUGAUUGUGAACGAGUGUGGGCCCAGACUUAAGUAUAACUAUCUGAUGGGUUAUGGUGUUCCGGCAGUAUACGUUUUGUUUUCAUAUGCUUCAUCGAUCGACACAUUCGAGGUACACCGCUACUGCUGGAUGUCAAUCCAGAAAGGAAUGAUCGUGAGCUUCAUGAUCCCGAUCUCGUUUCUCAUAAUCCUGACUACAGUACUGGGUACGAUAAGUCUGAAGAAAAUCUCCAGCAAGCAAACAGCGAUACUGUGUGAAAGUAUCGAGAGCAUAAUAGAGAGCACUUCCAAGUGCAACGACAUAAUGUUUCCGAGGUUACCUUCAAUGCAAGUACAUCUGGCCAACCGUAGCAAUAGUUACCCGCAACUCGAACUGAAGGAAAAAUGUUGCCAAGAGUACGCCGACCAAACACAGGAAAGUCGCCAAUCUGUCGUAACACUGCCACAGCAAACCACCGUCGGGCACGGAUUCAGCGUUAGCGGGUUCAAAAAGUCCCUCGAGUGCUACGACACCCGGAUUGAUUUGGGUCAACUGUCGUUGGCUGAACUUUCGACGCCCAGUAUGGCGUCCGACUUACAGGACUUUACCGAGUUCAAGCGUGCGAUCAAGUUUGGACUUUUCUUUCAGCCGAUCUUUUCGAUCUGCUGGUUCCUCAGCGUGAUCGCGCUGGAAAAUAUGCACUCGUGUGUGAUGCCCGUCAUCUUUGCCAUCUGCUUGAAUAUUUUGAACUGGUGCAUGCUGGUCCGAUCAUCCAGCAUCUGCCCGUUCGUCAGUGCCGGUUCGGAGGAAUCCAACGAAAAGGCUGGCCUGGACUGUACGGACUCGAUGCUACACGGCCCCAACGGCAGCGGUGGUCACGCAACCGACAACGAGACCACCCAAGCCAGCAUCUGCACCGACACGAUCCCACUGUUGUGCGCCUCGAAUCCGUCGAUCAUUAACAGUUCGGCAGCCGGAGGGCUGGUUUCGGCCCCCUUGCUCGCGAGAAAGUGCUCCACCGGGUCCGAUCUGGACCAGCAAACGUUGAACUUCAUCAGCAGCAACAAUCUGAAAAAUACGUGGGAGUCCAGCGUGGACAUCAGCAGCCACCACGUGAAGGCAAGCGAUUGCAUCAGCACAAUCAGCAAUUGAAAUGGCGUUUCUUGUGAACCAGUAGUAGGGCUUUAGAAUUUGCGCGCGUUUAACGCUGAAACAGUGGGCAUAUCAAAGUAGGGAAUAUUUUGAAUAGUUUUGACAUGUGAUACAGUUGAAAAACAGUUGUACAUAUACAUACAGAAGAAACUUGUUCAAAUACUUCUUUUUGAACAUUUAUUAUUGUAUCUAUACCCACGAACCAUAACUUAUCUAUUUAGACACAUACUUACGCAUUGUAACUGUAGCAUACCUAAUUACGAUAUUAGAAUAAUUCCUUUACAAACCAGUAUCAGGAUUGAAGCUAUCCAAAUUUCCGCGUUCGGUAAUGUACAAGUCUACUCGGAAACCUUAUCCUUAAGGUACAAACAGAAGUUCCCAGCAGGUUAUUCAGCUUUGGCACAUCCCGAUAAAACGAUAUUUUAUUCGCUUUCUUCAGUUUUAACUAGCUAUUGUAAAUUCCCAAAUAAGGAAAAAAAUACGAUAGAGAUUUGAUAAAAUAAAAGUAUUGCUAUCCGCCUGUGCCGGAGAUGAUAUAUUUGUUGCUACCCCUUCUAUAAUGGAUAAGCAAUCGAAUGUUUAGAUUAGUACGCUAUACAGUUUGAAUGAUGUUUCCAUUUAAAAAAAAGUGAACAGAUCGCAAUGAAUUAUUGGCAGUGGCUGAUUUUCUACCCGCCGCUGCCACAUCCAGGCGCUAUAGUAUAUGCGCAAAAUAUCCAGCAAGAGUUAACCGCCAGAAAUUUGUAUGGCGAAAAACAUCUAACGUGGGUUUUCUAAAAAAAGGAACUUUUCAUGAAAAACUAUUUGGUACCGGUUAUGAAGGAUGGUGUCCGCUACUACGCCUACCAAAUAUUUUUUCGAUGAAGGUGCUUAAUUUUGAGAAAUCAAACCUUAGAUGCCUUUCGCCAUACUGAUUUCAGAAAGUUAACUCCUAGUGUGCCGCUGUAAGCACGCUCAAAGCAGGCGAUUCAUUUAUUGUGUACUCUAUAUAUUGUAUCUAGUUUUUUUUUAUUUACGAUCAUUUAGCAGUUUGCUAACAUCGGUUGACACGCAAGCCUUUAGACCCAUGGUCUGCA